ACAGUACCAUUCCCAAAAUAAUUGGCAGCCGACUCUGCAGCUGUGGACCCUCUCACAUAUACUAGUAUUAUUCACCUCAGAUUUCCAACUUCACCUCACUCUUUAAAUCUUCUCAUCCUUCUUUACUCCCACUAGAGAGUCCUGCUAUCAAAACUUUGUUUAUAAACCACCAAGAGAGCUUUGCAUAUACACUUAGAUUCACUCAGUAUCUCACAACUGUUCUUUCACAAGCUCAUAUAUGGGUGAAGACAAGAAAGAGGAGGAGAAAAAGGAGGAAGAAAAGAAAGAAGAAGCAGGUGGUGCUGGUGAAGAGAAGAAAGAGGAAGAAAACAAGGAAGAUGAGCCUCUUGUCCUCAAGGUUGAAAUGCACUGUGGAGCUUGUGCUAAGAAGGUUGCCAAAUCUUUAAAAGGAUUUCAAGGUGUGGAGGAAGUGAUGGCAGAUUGCAAGGGGAGUAAAGUGGUAGUGAAGGGGAAAGCAGUAGAUGCAGUUAAAGUGUGUGAGAGGAUUCAAAAGAAAAGUGGCCGCAAAGUGGAGAUAAUUUCCCCCUUGCCAAAGCCCCCGGAAGAGAACAAGGAAGAACCUAAAGAAGAGCCACCAAAAGAAGAGAAGAAAGAUGAGCCUCCUCCGGUUAUCACCUUGGUGCUAAAAAUAGGAAUGCAUUGUGAAGCAUGUGCUCAGCUUUUGCAGAAGCGAAUUCGGAAGAUUAAAGGUGUUGAGUCGGUGACGACAGACUUAGCAAAUGAUCAAGUAACUGUGAAAGGUGUUCUUGAUCCGGAAAAGUUAGUGAAUGAUGUGUACAAGAAAACCAGGAAGCAAGCAAGCGUGGUGAAGGACGAAGAGAAAAAGGAGGAAGAAAAGAAAGAGGAAGAGAAGAAAGAAGAAUCUAAAGAAGCGGAAGAAGCCAAGGAAGAUGAAGAUGAUAAAGCAAUGGAAAUGAAGAGGAGUGAAUAUUAUGGUCCCAAGUACUACACUGAGUAUUCUUCUGCCCCUGAAUUGUUCAGUGAUGAGAAUCCAAAUGCUUGCUCUGUUAUGUAGCCAUUCAUCAUAAGGCAAUUUUUCACUGCUUUAAUAGUCGAUAAUAAGUUUUUGACACCUAUGUCACAUAUGAGACUUAAUGCAAUCUUGUAGUUGCGAUAACAAUGUUAAUGUGCAAGUUCAAAUGA